GCGUGAAGGAACGACGGAAGCCGAGAGGGACCUGGGGCGGAAGGGGACCCGGGCCAGGCUUGUGUUCGGUUCCUUGGCGGGGCUGGGGUUCCGAUGUGGUCCCCGGAGCGGGAGGCCCAGGCCCCGACCGGGGGAGACCCGGCGGGCCUCCUGCCGCCCGAGUGGGAGGAAGAUGAGGAGCGCAUGUCUUUCUUGUUCUCUGCCUUCAAGAGGAGUCGCGAGGUGAACAGCACCGACUGGGACAGCAAGAUGGGCUUCUGGGCGCCGUUGGUGCUGAGCCACAGCCGCCGCCAAGGGGUGGUGCGCCUGCGUCUGCGGGACUUGCAGGAGGCUUUCCAACGCAAGGGCAGUGUCCCCCUGGGGCUGGCCACCGUGCUGCAGGACCUGCUGCGCCGAGGCGAGCUGCAGCGAGAAUCAGAUUUCAUGGCCAGUGUGGACAGCAGCUGGAUCUCCUGGGGGGUUGGAGUCUUCCUGCUGAAGCCCCUCAAGUGGACUCUUUCUAACAUGCUGGGGGAUAACAAAGUUCCAGCCGAGGAGGUACUCGUGGCCGUGGAGCUGCUGAAGGAAAAGGCUGAGGAGGUGUAUCGCCUGUACCAGAACUCGCCCCUCUCCUCCCACCCUGUGGUAGCCCUGUCAGAGCUAAGCACGCUGUGCGCCAACUCCUGCCCAGACGAGAGGACCUUCUACCUGGUACUGCUGCAGCUGCAGAAGGAGAAGAGAGUCACAGUCUUGGAACAGAACGGAGAGAAGAUUGUGAAGUUUGCCAGGGGGCCACACGCCAAGGUGUCACCUGUCAACGAUGUGGACGUCGGGGUAUACCAGCUGAUGCAGAGCGAGCAGCUCCUCUCUCGCAAGGUGGAGUCUUUAUCCCAAGAAUCUGAGAGGUGCAAAGAGGAAGCCCGCCGGGCAUGCCGAGCAGGAAAAAAACAACUGGCACUGAGGUCUCUCAAGGCCAAGCAGAGGACAGAGAAGCGCAUUGAAGCCCUGCACGCCAAACUGGACACUGUUCAAGGCAUCCUGGAUCGCAUCUAUGCCUCCCAGACAGACCAGAUGGUUUUUAAUGCCUACCAAGCUGGUGUGGGAGCCCUGAAACUCUCCAUGAAGGAUGUCACAGUGGAGAAAGCAGAGAGUCUUGUGGAUCAGAUCCAAGAGCUAUGUGACACGCAGGAUGAAGUUUCUCAGACCUUGGCUGGUGGGGUAACCAAUGGUUUGGAUUUUGACAGUGAGGAGCUGGAGAAAGAGUUGGACAUCCUCCUUCAGGACACCACCAAAGAACCUUUGGACCUGCCUGACAAACCCCACGAGACGCUUUAUACCAACAGUGUGCCUAAGCCUAGGAUCUUGGAUGCUGAACUUGAAGCUGAACUUGAAAAACUGUCCAUAUCAGAAGGAGGCCUGGCCCCAAGCAGUAAAUCUCCAAAAAGGCAAUUGGAGCCGACUCUCUAAAGCCAUUGCAGGAACUCAAGUGAAGGACCCUCAUGUAACAGAGAGGCAGCCUCGUGUGUGUACAUAGUUAUUUAAUGAGCAACACUGAGAAGUUGU